AUGCGUUUAAUUUUGAUGUUCUUGGGCUUAGCCCAAGCCUUGGACAUCAAUUCGGUGUAUAACAUCGACGAGCUAAUAGAAUUUGCGACUGGAGCAGUAAAUAACCCUUCAGAAGGAGCAACAGAAUUGGGCGCAUUGGAAAUCGAUGGUAAGAAGAACUAUGCAGAGAUAAUUGAAAGCUACUUGAUCACUUACCCGCAUGACGAAGACAAAGAAGAGAAAUUGUUAAAGUUAAAGGACCUUGUUGGAAAGAUCGACGAAGCCUGGGAGCAGUUUGGCCAGAAAGACCUGGAUGACAAUGACAAGAGCCAGCUGGGUGAUUUGCCAGAGACUGUUAACGAGCUUUAUAGUCUGUUUGUUGGAGAUUACCUUCCUGUCCAGGUUGCUCAGAGUAAGAGGCCAUUUUUGUGCGAGAUAAAGAUACCAGAACAGCAGAGACUCCGCAGAGUGCUUCAAGCAGUAGGUUUGUCUGAAUUACGGGCCUUCAUUCUGAGUCUCAAGACCGGAGAAGACAGCCAGAAGAGCUUAACCAGGACAAUUUUGUACUUAGAAGAGACCAUCCUGGCGAGCAAGUUCGGCUUCAAGGAAACUUCGGACGACUUAAGAGUGUGCGACCCUCCGGAACACGUCAGAGGAGAGACCUUUGGCGAAUUCUUGGGCCUCUUCCAGGGCGUAUCCCUCAAUACAGGACACACUAACGCACCUGCCAAGACAGGAAAGUGUCCCAAAUAUUGCGACAACAUCAACAAAUAUCAAAUGAACAAAUGCCACACCUGGCAAGAUGGAUUCAAUCAAAAAAUCCACUGCCCCAAGAAAGAAUGCAACGGAAGGCUCUUUGGCUGCUUCAGCAGCGGGACUGUUGUAUACUGCGCACUAGGUAAAGACAGCGACCGGAGGUUUCCUUGGGUUCAGGCUGCCUACAAGCGAUGGGGCAAUCCGUCGUCUGAAUGCAAUGGCACCCAGGAAAAGCUUAGCGAUAUUGAUACUUACUUCUUAAAGUGUUCAAUGUGUCUCUGCAUUUGCUCAGAAGAAGAUGAAGGUUCGAGCGCCACAAGGACCAUCAGCUUGGUUCCCCAGUUUGCAGACAUCCAGAAUAAUAUGGUCGUCACGGGAGUUCGGUUCCAACAGCAAGAUAACAUUUUUCACGUCCAGAUUGAAGAGUCGAAACUGGAAGCCCACAUGGAAAUCGAUCCCAGCUCUUCCAAGUGGAAGAAGUUCAAUUCAUUCAAGUACAACGCGAGAAAAGGUACAUACUCGAUGAAGAAGGGGAAGACCAAAGUCGAGCUGUUUGAAGAAUUUGACUUCAAAUUCCUGAACUGGGACGAAAGGUCGAUCAAUCUCGAUAAAAUCAAGGCCAAAAAAGGAGAAGUGAUCGUUGGAGUCGGGCUCCGGUACAACAGCAAUGAGAAGGCCGUGGAGAUCCAGAUUGUCUCUUGGCCAGUUGACGUCAAGACUGGAGAACUUGAAGACCCGGUUGAUUUAGAUGACGAGGAGGUCGAGGUCGACUGGAUCACCUGGGAAAACACACAGUCCCAGCCGAAAGAGUACCAGAACAAAAGGUUCACUAUCAGCUUGGCUAACCUAGAUGAUCCGGUCAAGGCAUCAAAAAACCCUCGCCUUUCUGAUCCCAAUGACCAGGUCAAGGUUCAGACCACCGGGUUCGAAAAGGACAUGGCCCAGCACACGAUUCCUUACAUAGAUCUUCAGGGAGUCACUUUUCCGGAGCAGAAAGCACCAUUAACGGCAAUAGAGCUCAUCUAUAAGCGAGCCAAGGGCUUCGGAGGGUUUAUCAGCUUCAAAGUGAUUUCAUAUGACCUCAUUGAUUUGCUCCAUGAUGGAAUGAGCCAGGAAGAUAUCGACAAAUACCAAGCGGACUUUAAUGGCUAG